UGAAGCUUCGCGAAGUUUCUCCGCCUGUCACCUUGUCGAACCCUCUCCUCCGCAAGGGUUUAGUUGCUCUUUUCAGCGAAUUGUUGCUUUUCGUGAGGUAAAAGUAGGUUCGGAGGAGGUCAUUUAUCGAUUGGAGUCGGUGCGUUGGAGGGGCAGCGUCGCUUGUCCCGGUCCCGGUCCCGGUCUCCUCUGUCCCCGGCCCCGGGCACCAUGCCUCCGACCGGUUCCUCCGUCACUCACGAGGAGCUCAAGCUCCGCAUCCAGCGUCUCAUCGAUUCUCAUCAUGCGCUGGUGUUCAGCAAAUCUUUCUGCCCGUAUUGCAAGAAGGUUAAAGAACUGUUUAAAGCCCUGGAUGUUGAUAUUCAUGUGGUGGAACUUGACUUACUAGAAGAGGGAAAUGGUAUGCAGGAUGUUUUACACGAAAUGACUGGUCAGAAGACUGUUCCCAAUGUAUUUGUCAACAAGGCUCAUGUGGGUGGCUGUGACAAAACUGUGCAGGCUCAUGAAGAUGGCUUGUUGAAGAAACUUUUGGAGGGAGGUGAAAUGUAUGACUAUGACCUCAUCGUUAUAGGUGGUGGUUCUGGAGGACUUGCAGCUUCAAAGGAAGCUGCAAACCUUGGAAGGAAAGUCUUGGUGUUUGACUAUGUUGUGCCGACACCUAUGGGAACUUCAUGGGGACUUGGAGGUACCUGUGUAAAUGUUGGUUGCAUUCCAAAGAAGUUGAUGCAUCAAGCUGCUCUCUUAGGCCAAGGCCUCUUAGAUUCCCGUAAAUUUGGCUGGGAAUUUGAUGAGAAAGUUCACCACAACUGGGCUAAGAUGAAAGAUUCCAUUCAGAACUACAUUGGUUCUCUCAACUGGGGCUACAGGGUGGCAUUGCGAGACAAGAAAGUAACUUACAGUAACAGCUAUGCAGAGUUUGUGGAACCACAUAAGAUAAAGGCAAGCAACAAACGGGGUAAAGUGACCUUUCACACAGGACAAAAGUUUAUUAUUGCAACUGGUGAAAGACCUCGUUAUUUAAAAAUACCUGGAGAUAAAGAGUAUUGCAUUACCAGUGAUGAUCUCUUCUCCCUGUCUUACUGUCCAAAGAAGACUCUGGUUGUGGGUGCUUCCUACGUGGCACUGGAGUGUGCAGGUUUUCUAUGUAGCUUGGGAUUGGAUGUUACUGUGAUGGUGCGCUCCAUUCUUCUACGUGGAUUUGAUCAGGAAAUGGCAGGGAAAGUUGGAGCAUAUAUGGAAUCUCACGGGGUGAAAUUUCUGAAAAAAUAUGUGCCAAUCAAGGUUGAGCAGCUAGAGGCUGGAACACCUGGAAGACUUAAAGUGACUGCAAAGUCCACAAUAAGUACAGAGGUCAUUGAUGGUGAAUACAAUACUGUAUUAAUUGCUGUGGGGCGUGAUGCAUGCACCAAGAACAUUGGCCUAGAAAAAGUUGGUGUUCGUCUGAAUGAAAAAAAUGGGAAAAUCUUGGUGGAUAAUGAAGAAAGGAGCAACAUACCAUACAUCUUUGGCAUAGGAGAUGUCAUUGAUGGCAAGCCAGAACUCACACCUGUUGCUAUUCAGGCUGGGAAGUUGCUAGCUCGCAGACUCUACUCAAGUUCUUCUGUGAAGUGUGACUAUGUCAAUGUAUGCACGACAGUCUUUACACCUUUGGAGUAUGGAUGUUGUGGAUUGUCUGAGGAAAAUGCGAUAGCACUUUAUGGAGAAGAACAUAUAGAGGUGUAUCACAGCAUGUUCUGGCCACUGGAAUGGGCAGUACCAGGAAGGGAUAAGAGUGGCUGCUAUGGCAAAGUGAUAUGUGCAAAACUGGAUCAUUAUAGAGUGGUGGGAUUCCAUGUGCUUGGUCCGAAUGCUGGGGAAAUCACUCAAGGAUUUGGUGCAGCAAUGAAAUGUGGCAUGACCAAAGAUCAGCUGAACAGUGUCAUUGGCAUACAUCCAACCAAUGCAGAAGUGUUCACCACCAUGGAAAUAACAAAACGCUCCGGUAUAGACGUUUCCAAAAAAGGAGGUUGCUGAGGUUAAACCCUGCUGUUGGAAUGCUGCUGCCCUCUACAUGCACCUUUUAGCUUUGUGGUUGACUAAACCUGUGUGUUUGUCCUCUCAGGUAAAACAGGAAUAUAUAUUUUUUAAAACAACAAAGCCGCCUUGAAGCAACACCGAAUUGUGCAACACCUUGAGUUUUACUCAGUACCUGUCACAGCAGAGGAUCAGUGUGCAUGGGGCAUGCAGAUCAACAGUGGGGGUAAACCUCAACUUUAAACUUUGACCCAAACCUGCUUGGAAGGGCAUUGAAGAAAGAUAGUGCCUCCUUGAAGUUUUGGCCCAGAACCUGAUUUGAGGUGGGCCAUGACUGAAGACUAACAAGCAAGGUCUGGAACUUCUUUGUCCAAUAAGAUGACUACGCUUCCUUUUAUUAGUGAGGCUUUAGUCUUGUGGAAUAGUUUGAAGUCUCAUCUUGUAAUAUUUACUAUACCUUGUUUCUUAAAUGUAUGUUGGGCUGCUGAUGGAGGUGAGAUGAAUCUUUUUCUCUGUACAUUGUAGGUAACUAGCAUCAUUGUACUCUGUUGGUAAGGUUUAAAACAAAAUCAAGAACUUUUCUGUCAAGAAGCAUGUCACAUUUGAUUCAUAUUUAAAUUCUAUACAAUAUCAAUCUUAAAUCUUUUUCACCAAAAAAAAGCACACAGAUUAUGUUUCAGGAAGCAUAGGCCUAAAUGUUUUUCUGUUUGGAGGAAUUGCCUUAUGUGUAACUGUCCACACUUUGCUAUCCUCUCCCUUAUUUUCUAAACUUAUUCUGUUAACUGAGGAAGCAACCACUGCUGACCAAACUUGAUAUGGUGGGGCUGUUCUGUUUUUACAAAAGGAAAUGAGUGAACAUUGGUGGAUCAGUAAACGUUUUUUCUCCACACGUAACUUUUAAUCAAAAUAUAUGUUGCUACAUUGGAAUUGGGAAUUUUCAUAAAGUGAGAAAAUGUGAUAAUUUAAAACUUUUUUUGUCUUGUGUCUGGCCUUCUGAAUGAGAGCUGGACUGUCAGUCCAAAGAUGUUGAAAGCAUGUUAUUUUUAAAAGGAGUUCUAGCUGGUAGAAAGUUCAGAGCACCGCAUUCCUGUACUUUCAUGUGAAAUGGCGUGUGUUUAUCCAGCAUCACUUCCUCAUUGUUUUAUUCCUCUUGCUCUUCACCCUUUUUUAAAAAUUUUGGAGCACUUAAACAAGUCUAGUUUGGAUACACGUACUGUCACAAUUUGUGCCUUUAUAUUGUUUAUUUGGAAGCAACCAUGCAGUGUUUGCUGUUUAAGUGGGAUUAUUUUGCAUCUGUUUUACAAUUGUUUAUCAUUGCCCAUCUGACUAGAACUUGAUGUCACAUUUGAUUGUAUUCAGCCUCUGAGCAGCACUAACUUGAACAAUUCCAUUGUGAACAAAGUUUGUUAUCCAAAAUGCAUUUAAUAAAAAAUACCUGUGUAGAACUCAAAA